AUGAAUAAUACCUUUGUAGGUGUGGCUGGCACUAUCGUAUCUAUUACUCAAAUUGUGGCUGCAGCCAUUGGAUCAGCAUCUUCAAAUCAAGAACCGGAAUUAGAAGACUUGAUUGGUGUCGCAAGCAAAUACUUCAUAUCUACAUUUGUAGUCGCUCUAGUUGCUUUGAUCACCUUCAACAUUCUUGUUCGAUUAUCAAUUUAUGAGCAUUACACUUCACGCGAUCAGCAACAGUCUUAUGAUUUCGACGGAAUAAGUUCCACAGUCAAAUUUCUCUAUGAAACAUUCAAGAAACUACAAACAUUUGCAUUCGCCGUAUUCUUAACAUUCGUUGUGACCUUGUCACUUUUUCCAUCAAUUACUGCAUCCAUCAAAUCAGUGGCGAAACCAGAAGAUCGACAAAAAUUCCAACUAGAUUACUUGUUCAUCCCAAUUCAUUUUCUAUUAUUUAAUGUUGGCGACCUGAUUGGUCGUAAUUUGCCGGGAUGGGAUUUUUUCAUGAUUACGAGUCAGAAAAAGUUGACCAUCUUUUCAUUUAUACGACUGGCUUUUGUGCCAAUUUUCUUGGCGUGUAAUGUCGACGUUGGGAACUCGGCUUUGCGAACAUUCCCCUUUUUGAUAAAGAACGACAUCUUGUACUUUUUCUUUUUGUUCUUGUUUGGGGUCACGAACGGAUAUUUGGGAUCCGCAAUAAUGAUGGCAGGUCCACAACAAUUGCCUGAUAAUGAAAAAGAUAUCGCUGGACCGACAUUGGGAUUUGCGUUAGUUACGGGUUUGGCCGUAGGAUCAGGAUUCUCGUUCUUUGCGAGAGCAGUGAUUUGUGAAUGCAAUCCUUUUGUUAACUGA